GUUUUUUUUUUAUUGCCAGUUCAAACGUUGAAAUAUGGCAGGCCUGGAGUUAUUGUCAGAUCAAGGAUAUCGUCUUGAUGGAAGAAAAGCUGCUGAACUGCGGAAAGUACAAGCUCGUAUGGGUGUAUUUGCCCAAGCUGACGGGUCUGCGUACAUAGAACAGGGAAAUACCAAAGCGCUGGCAGUUGUGUAUGGUCCUCAUGAAGUGCGAGGCUCCCGCAGCAAGACACUCCAUGACCGUGCUGUCAUCAACUGCCAAUACAGCAUGGCUACCUUCAGUACAGCUGAGAGGAAGAGAAGACCCCACGGGGACCGCAAGUCCACAGAGAUGAGCCUUCACCUCAAGCAGACUUUCGAGGCAGCAGUGUUGACUAAUCUGUACCCACGCUCUCAAAUAGACAUUUAUGUCAAGAUCUUGCAGUCAGAUGGAGGGAACUACAGCGCGUGUGUGAACGCCGCUACUCUGGCAGUAGUCGAUGCGGGCAUCCCCAUGCGUGACUAUGUGUGCGCCUGCACUGCAGGCUUUGUGGAUGAGACCCCAUUGGCAGACCUGUGCCAUGCUGAAGAGAGUGGAGGGGGCACAUCACUGGCCCUGGCAUUGUUGCCUCGUGGCGGGCACAUUGCCCUGCUACAGAUGGACGCCCGACUCCACCAGGACCACCUAGAGACACUGAUGGAGGCGGCAAUGACGGCCUGUAAGGGCGUCAGCAAAGUGUUGGACGAGGUGGUGAGGCAGCAUCUACAGGAGGUGUCUGCGCUGACUGGAGAGUGAUGUAGCUUGGACUUUGGGGUAGAUUGGUCUGCGUGAAAGGCAGGGAAGGUAGAGAAGCAGAUGGAGUAAACUUAUUUUUAUUGUACAAUCGUGUUAUGCUUUUGUAUGAAAUGCUUUAUUAAAAAAUGAAAUCUAAACCCA